CUCAGUCCGCAUGAUGGAAGUAGUUGGCAGUGUGGAUCUGAAUUAAGAGUGUUUUACUAGUUAUAUAAAAGGCUGGGAAAGUCUUCCUGCAGCUCGCCAUGGGCUUGACUAAGCAGUACCUGCGCUACAACGCCUCUGCGGUUUUUGGAGUGAUUGGCAGUCAGAAGGCCAACAUUGCGUAUGUGACCCUGAGAGGUGGAGAGAAGGGUCGAUAUGUGGCAGUGGGAGCCUGUGAGCAUGUGUUCAUAUGGGAUGUGCGCAAAGCUGAGAAGGUUCUAAUCCUUCAGGGUAGUAAACACGACGCAACUUAUCUCUGCCCCUCCCCCGAUGGUGUUCACAUAGCUGUGGGUUAUGAAGAUGGUUGUGUGCGCAUAUUCAGUCUGUUAAAUGGGGAAAACAAUGUCUCCUUCAAUGGACACAAAUCUGCUGUUACGAGCAUCCAGUAUGAUGCACUGGGGGCACGACUGGUCACUGGCUCCAGGGACACAGAUGUAAUUGUGUGGGAUGUGAUAAACGAGUGUGGAUUGUACAGACUGAAAGGACACAAAGAUGCCAUCACACAAGCUCUGUUCCUAAAGGACAGAAAUCUGCUGGUCACAAGCUCAAAAGACAGUUUUGUAAAAUGGUGGGACUUGGAUACUCAGCACUGUUUUAAGACCAUGGUGGGCCACCGCAGUGAGGUUUGGGGAAUGGUUCUGUUGAAUCAGGAGAACAGGCUGCUGACCGGCUCUGCUGACAGUGAGCUCCGAGGCUGGGACAUUGAAUACCUGGAGGAGGGUAAAGAAGUUGGAGAGCCGAUGGAGAAAAAAGGGAAAAGUCUUCUUGAUGAUGAUGAAGCUGACAGUGGAGAUGAAGGUCCUAAUGAAGAUCCAGAAGAGAGAAUCCUCAGCUGUAAGAAAGCUGGUUCUGUCAUAAGAGAAGGCAGAGACAGGGUUGUGUCCUUGACUGCUGAUCCCAAAGCUAAAGUUGUGGCAUGCCAUGGAGUUGAUGGCUAUCUGGAGCUCUUCAGUGUUGUUCCGGAGGAGGAUGUACAGAAGAAAAUAGAGAAAAAGCUGAAAAAAGCAAGAAAGAAGGCAAAGUCUCAGGAAGGGGGCGGUGAAGCAGCAGAUCCAGUAGUGGAGAGGAAACUGACAGAUGAGCUUGAAAAGCUGACCAAUAUAAAAGCCUCUUCCAAAAUCAGAUCCGUGGACUGCAUUCUGUUCCCUAAUGGCGAGCUGAAAGUUGCUCUGCUGCUGCAGAAUAACACAAUAGAGACCUACAACCUGAAUACCACAGAGAAGAACGCGACUGGAACCAAAACCAGCCGCCUCACGCUUGCAGGCCACCGUACCGAUGCUAGAACUCUGGCCUUCAGCUCAGAUAACAUUGCUGUGCUCUCUGCCUCUGGAGACACGGUCAAAGUGUGGAACAGAGCCACUCUGCAGGUGAUUCGAACCAUGGCCUGCGAGUAUGCUCUCUGCUCACUGUUUGUGCCUGGAGACAGACAGAUUAUCUUAGGAACAAAGAGUGGGAAGAUUCAGAUUUUUGAUCUUGCGUCAGGAAGUCUGCUGGAGACUAGAGAAGCUCAUGAUGGAGCGCUGUGGUCUAUGUGCCUCUCUCCUGAUCAGAGGGGUAUAGUAACUGGAGGAGCAGACAAGACUGUGAAAUUCUGGGAUUUUGAGCUGAUAAAGGACAAAGAUUCCGGACCAAACAAGAGACUCACACUGAAGCACACUCGCAUGCUGCAGUUGGAUGAGGAUGUGCUGUGUGUGCGCUACAGUCCUGAUCAGAGGCUGCUGGCUGUCUCUCUGCUCGACUGCACCGUGAAGAUCUUCUACACGGACACACUGAAGUUCUUCUUGUCGCUGUAUGGACACAAACUGCCCGUGCUGUGUCUGGAUAUUUCCCAUGAUAGUGCACUGAUAGCCACUGGAUCAGCAGACAGAAACGUGAAAGUGUGGGGUCUGGACUUCGGUGACUGCCAUCGUUCAAUGUUUGCACAUGAUGACAGUGUCAUGUUCCUCCAGUUUGUUCCCAAAACCCAUCUGUUCUUCACAGCGGGGAAGGACAGAAAGAUCAAACAGUGGGACGCCGACAAGUUUGAGCACAUCCAGACUCUAGAGGGUCAUAAGGGUGAAGUUUGGUGUCUGGCCAUCAGUCCCAGUGGAGACUAUGUUGUGUCAUCCUCUCACGAUAAAUCCCUCAGGCUUUGGGAGAGAACCAGAGAGCCUAUUAUUCUGGAGGAGGAGAAAGAGAUGGAAAGAGAAGCAGAAUUUGAAGAAUCUUUGGGAAAAGGAGAAGAGCCUGUGGUCCCUGGAGAGACUAAAGGAGAGGCAGAGCCGGCGGGGAAGAAGACUAUAGAGACAGUCAAAGCUGCUGAACGUAUAAUGGAAGCCCUGGAGCUCUACAGAGAGGAGAGCAAGAAGCUGGAGGAGCACAAGGCUGCCUGUGAGGCAGCAGGGAAGCAGUUACCGCCUCCCAAGACCAACCCUAUCCUUGUAGCCUUUGGUAAUAUUUCGCCCUCUCGUUAUGUGCUAGAUGUCAUCAAGAAGGUUCGAUCCAGUGAGCUAGAGGUUUCUCUGCUGGUGCUGCCGUUCCCGUAUAUCCCCGACCUGCUCUCUCUCUUCAACAGCUACGUCCAGCAGGGUCUGGAGGUGGAGCUGGUCUGCCGCUGCCUCUUCUUCCUACUCAGGAUCCACUUUGGUCAGAUCACCAGUAACCAUAUGCUGCUGUCCGUUAUCGAUGACUUAAGGACCAACACUAUCUCCAAAGUGCGGGAGAUCAGGGAUGUUCUGGGCUUCAACAGCGCUGGGCUCCAGUUCCUGCAGCGAGAAAUCGAGAGUAAAGAGGACGUGAUGUUCUUCGCUGAUGCUACAGAUCGUUUUGAGGAGAAGAAGAGAAAGAGGAGAAAGAGGGAGAGAGCCAUUCUGACCAUUACAUAAAUCACAUCACAUACGCUGAAAAAUCAAGCUAAUAAAUGAGAUGAAGAUGCGCAGUGUUCACCAUGUUUUUAUAGGCUUAAAUGUAACGUGAUUGUGUAAUGUGUGAUGUUCUUUUAAUAAUGAAAUUGUCAUUAAGCUAC